AAUGUCUGGUAUUGCAAGAAUCGAAAGAAAAGCUUCCCAUGCCGGAUCUUGGUAUUCAGCAUCUCAGGAACAGCUGUCUUCUCAACUAGACUCUUGGAUUUCUACUGCAGAUAUUACUCCAAAUCCCAAUGUUCGGGCCAUUAUUGCUCCUCAUGCUGGAUAUAGUUACAGCGGUCCUGCAGCUGCUUGGGCAUAUGGAGCCAUUGACUCUCACCAGAUAAAACGAGUCUUUAUUCUGGGUCCGAGCCAUCAUGUAUAUAUUGGGGGAUGUGCGCUUUCUCCGUGUACAAUCUACAAAACACCGCUUGGAGAUCUCACUAUUGACACAGACGUUGUUGCUAGUCUAAAAGCCACUGGGCAGUUUGAAACCUUGUCCAUCCAAGCUGAUGAGGAUGAACACAGUGUAGAAAUGCAUCUUCCAUACCUUUACAAAAUCAUGUCCAAAAAAACAACACCAUAUACGAUCGUUCCCAUAUUGGUAGGAGCAUCGCGAUCUUCAGAUCAACAUAACUAUGCCACCAUCUUUGCCCCUUAUCUAGCAGACUCGACCAAUUUGUUUAUUGUCUCUUCAGACUUUUGUCACUGGGGUCCUAAUUUUGGAUAUACCUACCAGUUUGACCCAUCACUUCAAAUUCAUGCUUCUAUUGAAAAACUCGAUCGUGAAGCCAUGCGAGUGAUCGAAACGGGUAAUUCCAAAGACUUUGAAGCUUAUUUAAAGCGCACAAAAAAUACUAUUUGUGGUCGAAAUCCGAUCGGGGUUUUGUUGCAUGCUUUGGAGUGCUUGGAAAAUAUGGGCAAAAAAGUGGACAUCAAGUUUACGCACUACGCCCAGUCAAGUCGCGCACUGACAAAACGGGAUAACUCGGUGUCGUAUGCAUCUGCACAUGUUACUCUUGCAUAGUGAAUGUAACUAGUUUGUUUUCAUUCAAGUCUAUUUUUACAAAUAAAAACUGUCUAAAUUCC